AUGGAGGUCCCGGAAACUCUCACGCACGACAUUGCGGUCGAACGUCUUACCGACCCAAGCUCGACCGACUGGAUCCCUUUUUGUCCCGGCCAUCCCGAGCGUCACUCAUUGCACAUCAGAUCAUGUUGCGAUGAGGAACGGAUGUCUCACAGCUCCGGUGGCCCUGCAGAUGAACAUGCCGCGUCUUUGUGGGACAAACCUCUCCUGCGCGUCUGGGACCGCCAGUCGGGUAGCAUACCAAAUCCUCGCACGCGUAGGAUGCUUGCAAGAGACACGGGUUGUCUGUUGAACAGUUUCGCUACUCGCAAGAAACUGCUGGAAUUGCACAUUGACCAUAAGAAUUGGGAACAUGCCACUCCAGUCAUAUCAUUCACAUCAAGCCCCGAGCAGGCGAGCAAGCUUGAAUAUUUCAGAGCCUCAAGACCUCGGCGAGGGCCUCAGUCACUCACGCUUGUCGACCCACGAACCCGGUUCAGACUCGGGUUACCUGUCCUCGACUUCUCGAUCGAAAAAACGAAUUACAAGGUGGAAAGCCCGUAUGAAACCGAUUACACACCGAAUCACUGGCUCUGUCUGUGGGAGGUCACUCCUGCCGAAGUAGUGCAUACAUGGGAAUGGGCCGAAUUCGGCGGCGACCCUCAUUGGUAUGAGAGGAUCGUCGAGCCCGCGCUGCUCGAAUUUCAAAAUACAGGCCUACGCCCGGGCGAAGCAAUCAUCGCAAUCAUGCCUGGGCGACAGGGCGAAGAUGACGAAGAGUCCGACCACGAAGAUCACGACGAGCCUGAUCGCGGAGAUGACGAGGAGUCUGACCAACCAUCCAACGACGACAGGGCAAGCGGCGACGACCUGGUCGAAGAAAUGGAACAGCUGGGCCUCUGA